GGAGAGAAUCCCAAGCAGACAGCGCAGAGCCCAACAUGGGGCUCGAUCCCACAAACCAUGAGAUCAUGCCCUUCAGCCAUCCGGGUGCCAGUAUCUUUGUAAUUUUUAUAAAAAAAACACGUGUCAUUGGAUUUCAGGUCUACCCUAAUCCAGUAUAUGACCUCAUCUUAACUGAUUAUAUCUGCAAGGAUUCUCUUUCCUAAUAAGGCCACAUUCUGAGGUUCCUGGUAGGCAUGGAUUUGGGGGGGGGCACUGUUUAACAGCUUAGAGUAGACUGGGCAUAAAAUCACUUUGAUUGAAGGUAACCUUAUAGGGGGUGUAUUGAAUGGAGAGCUGCACUGUAAGAAUGACUCUCCAGCGUAGCUGCUUGGGGAUGCGCUUGAAACUUAAGUUUGAGACGGGUUUGUCUGGGCAGGUAGAAGGGUCAAGAAUGUGCCCACUGUGAUCAGUCACGCAAGAGAAAAUGUUGCCUUUUUCUUUCCUAGAAAUGAUCAAGUUUUCUUCAUUGAACUCUUGCCCUACUGAGAAAGGGGAAAAUAAAAAACAAAGUUGAGCUUGGUUCACUGCAGUCAACUCAGUGCGAGCCAAAAUUUAAACAGUUGCAUUAGAUAGCUCAGUCUGUUGGAUGACUCAGUCUUUCAGAAUUCUCCCAUUAUCCUCCUUCUCUCCAAAGUGGAUUUUGUUGCUAAGUCGUCCCCUUAUUAAUGUAACACAAGUGAUGCAUGCUAAGUUACAUACUCUUGAAGCAUUGGCUUAUUUGUUACAUAAUUUUUAAAAUUGUCAAGCAAGAUACCUCUCUGUAGUUGGGUUAAAAAAAUAAAGUGUUGUUUUAAAAAUGUCAUUCUCAAUGUGGAAAGGAAUCAUCAUAAUCCUUUUGUGGUCUAAGAAUAAUUUCAGUAUGUUUUAUGAGCAUCAUAGACUUUAGUUUCUGAAUUUAGCAUGGGGUUUUACUUAGUCAACAUUCUCUCCAGGGAUUUUAAACCUGGCUUUGGUGUUGGACUAGAUUCUUUCCCUUUCUCAGCUCUUCUUGUCAGGCAAGAUCUAGAAAUCCAGUUUCAUGGAUUGGAAAUGGAGUGGGUGUACCCCAGCUGCCUGCAUGCUCAGCGUGGUAGGGUCCUGUCUUUAGCCUUUUCUGCUUCACAAGUUACAGACAGACUUAGGAAAGCCUUUAGGUCGUCUAAUAAUAGCAAAGAGUUAUGUUGGAGAUUACAGCUAUGAACUAUCUCAGGCAUGUGCUUCUGCUCCCACGAGGGCCGUUCGUACUAGAAACUCCGCUCUCUCCCUCCUCGCGCACCCUGGAACAGACCACAGGCUGCUUUCCAGUUGUCUUGUGUAUGUUGUGCAUGUAAAAGAAUUCCUUAGAUUCUUUUCUUGGCAGCAUUUGGAAAAUAAUGUCUGGAAUCAGAAACAGAUUUGUUAUUUCUGUGCCGAAACAAGUGCAUUUUUCAAGUUAGCUAGCAAGUAACCAUUUGCUCUGGAAGGUUCCCCACCCCUUCUUAAGUCAGUAUUAAACUGUCAAGUAAGCACUGAGCAAAGUUUAUGCUAUUUUGCUAUUUGACUCUGAGCGUCACUUUGAAAGACUUUGAUAAUCGAAAUGCAAAGUGACCUUGAGAAUAUUGCAUCUUUUUGAAUCUGGGUAUUUUACUACUCAUACAUUGAGAUUUUGAGAUUUACUUAAAUUAGCAGCAGCUUUUAGACCUAUAGUCCUGCAGGUCUUUCCUAUUUCCCCCCUCUUCUUUCAUUUAAAAAUUGCAUAUAAUUGUUAGUCAAUAACCGACACUUCCCACGGGGAAUUCACAUUUGCUCAAUCUGCAAUUUAAAGUAGCACUUUUAAUAAACACACUGGUGAUAUCAUGCAUUUUUCAAACUGGUGGGCAAAGCCCUUGAAAUUUAAUAAACCAAACAAAGCUAGCCCUUUAUUGCCUUUGUCUUUCCCUUGAAAACUUUAUCAUGCUUUCUGGUUCUUUCUUCCUUGUCCUACUAAUCAAAAUCUUGCUUUUAAAUAUGUUAAAGGAAGGAGAAGCCAGAUCACCAUGCUGAAUAGAUGAUAUAAUACAAACUAGGAGGUGCUGUCCUUCAGGAAUGAAAAAAGCAGUUGACCGAGCCUUGCUGCCUAAAGCUCACAGGCUGGGGGUCUGCUUAUUUCUGGAGCACGCUCUGUGCAAAAAUAGUGCUCUGGGUAAUUUGGUGGAACUGAAUCAAAUGACUUGAAUUCCCAAAAGCACUGGCAGCGGUUUUGGUUAAGUUCUCCAUUUUAAUCUCUCCUGUUCCCUUUUUGCCUUUUCUUGCUUCCUCUUCUUUCCUGUCUUUUCUAGUUUUUUUGUUUUUUUUUGUUUUUUUUUCCCUUUCCCCCUCUUAUCCUCCUCUGAUUGCCCACUGGGGGAGCUGUAUCAUACCUCAGCCGGAUUGAACUCCUUCUAGUUACAGAGGUGUGAUCGGCAGUCUGCACACGCGUUAGUAAAGGUGAUAUAGUUAAUAGACGAAGGCAAAUGGAUCAGUGUGAUGAAGGCAAUUUACCACUCGGGACACCAUGUCACCACCAUCAGCCAGGCACAAAGCUGUUUCCAACCUAGACGAGGAGAGUAGAUGGACAGUCCACUACACGGCCCCAUGGCACCAGCAGGAGAACGUAUUCCUUCCCGCCACGAGACCGCCCUGUGUGGAGGACCUGCACCGCCAGGCCAAGCUCAACCUCAAAUCAGUAUUGAGGGAAUGUGAUAAGCUGAGGCGGGAUGGCUACCGAAGUUCACAGUACUACUCCCAGGGGCCGACCUUUGCAGCCAGUACCAACCCCCUCUGCGAUGAUUAUCAAAACGAAGAUGAAGAAACAGAUCAAAAGUGUUCUAUUUCUUCAUCAGAAGAGGAAAGACUUAUUUCCAUCAGGAGACCUAACACGCCAACCUCAAGUGACUUCUCUGACCUUCAUACUCAAACGAACUGGACCAAGUCACUUCCUUUGCCAACGCCAGAAGAGAAGAUGCGACAGCAAGCCCAAACAAUCCAGGCUGAUGUGGUUCCCAUUAAUAUAACUGGGGAGAAUUUCGAUCGCCAGGCCAGCCUUCGGCGGUCUCUAAUUUACACAGACACUCUGGUAAGACGACCGAAGAAAGUCAAAAGGAGAAAGACUAUUACAGGAGUCCCUGACAACAUACAGAAGGAGCUAGGUAACAAGCCUCUUUCUGCUUUAUCUCCAGCAUCAGGCACCGGCCAGGAUGAGGUCGGUGCUCACUCAGUGUAUACCCCAGACCACUACUCCACACUAGGAAGGCUUGACAGCUCUCGGGCUGCUGGGCAGCGCUCAGAAACCAGGGACUCCAGCUGUCAGACCGAGGAAGUGAAAGUUGUACCACCUUCCAUGAGAAGAAUCAGGGCACAGAAGGGGCAAGGCAUCGCCGCCCAGAUGAGCCACUUCUCGGGCUCCUCUGGGAACAUGUCUGUGCUGAGCGAUUCCGCGGGUAUCGUGUUCCCUUCCCGCCUCCACAGUGAUGCUGGUUUCCACAGCCUUCCACGUUCUGGAGCAAGGGCAAUCAUCCAGUCCCUCGAGCCACGGCUGGGUCCCCUGGGCCCUGCGGAAGACCUGGAUGGCGCGCGCCCCUACCAGAGCGGGAACCCACAAGUAGAUGAAAACCUAGGACACUUAGGAGGUGCCUCGAGGACCGGAACACUUUUGAGGCCCAAGUCCCAGGAGCUGAGGCACUUUGAGAACGUGAUUAGCCCAGCGUGCGUGGUUUCUCCUCACGCAACCUAUUCCACCAGCAUCAUCCCAAACGCCACGCUCUCGUCCUCUCCGGAGGUCAUUAUUAUUCACGCUGCUCACAGUCCAGGACAGCUGGACGGUAAAAUUACCAGCUCCUGUUCAUACCUGAAGGCAAAAUCCAGAGAGCACCUCCUGUCCAGGCAUGCUAGUAAAGAGGGCCAUCAGUCUCACGGCGGUCACUGGACUGAGGGUCACCCCACUGUUCUUUCCCAGGCCCUAGAUCCCCAUCCCCCCAGUGCAGCCAUGCUGUCCUCUCUCUGUGAUUCAGCGGUCUCUCUAAAUACUCCAGCUAGUCGGGAGAAUGGAUCCCAAGCCAUGACCUACGACUGUAAAAACAACCUGGGCUUUCCAGCGCACGCCCAGGAUGUGGAUGGCAAAAGCGAGUCCAGUUUUUCCGAGGGCGGGGGGCACGGCAGCUCGGAGCCCUGGGAAUACGGUGCCGCAGGUAACGGACGGGCAUCCCCACUGAAGGCACGUGCGGCAACUCCCGGCUUCUCCACUCCCGGAAGUAACAUGAGCAGCUGCAGUUUGGAUCAGACGUCGACCAAAGAUGAUGCCAGGUCCCUGUAUUCAGAGGAGCACGAUGGCUUCUACGCAUCUAUGCACCCCGACGCCGGACACGGAUCUGGAAACCUGUGCAAUAGCAGCGAUGGCUUCGGGAACCCCAGGCACAGUGUGGUCAAUGUUUUUGAUGGGCGAGCUCGGAAGAGCCAAGGGGACCGGCCGCGUGACCAUGACAAGUCCCUUUCGCGUAACAUCUCUUUGAAGAAAGCGAAGAAGCCGCCCCUGCCACCCUCCCGGACGGACUCCCUGCGCAGGGUUCCCAAGAAGGGCGUGCAGGCCAACGGACAGGCGCUGAACGAGAGCCUGAUCGCCUCGCUCCAGCACUCGCUGCAGCUGAACCUCCCGGGCAAGGCCAGGGGCGGCAGCUCGCCCUCGCAGAGCCCCUGCAGCGACUGUGAAGAGCCCUGGCUGUCCCGCUCCCGCAGCCAGAGCACGGUGAGCGCGGGCAGCAGCAUGACCUCGGCCACCGCCCCCAACGUGUACUCCCUGUGCGGGGCCACGCCGUCGCAGAGCGACACGAGCAGCGUCAAGUCCGAGUACGCGGACCCCUGGGGGUACUACAUUGACUACACGGGCGCGCAGGAAGACCCCGGGAUCCCCGGCGGGGGCUGCCCCGGCGGCAGCGGGGCGCCGGCCGGAGACGGGCCAGCCUGCCAGGUCCAGGAGGGCUCCGGGACCGCGAUGCCCCAGGUGCCCGGUGGCGCCAUCAAACCAAAGGUCACGUCACCGGAGAAGUCCCACAGAGUCACUUCUCCAUCCAGUGGGUAUUCCAGCCAGUCGAAUACACCCACAGCGCUCACCCCUGUGCCUGUGUUUUUAAAAUCCGCGUCACCAGCAAACGGGAAGGGGAAGACCAAGCCCAAGGUGCCAGAGAGGAAGUCCUCCCUGGUAUCUUCAGUGUCCGUCUCCUCGUCGUCCACCUCCCUGUCUUCCAACACUUCCACGGAAGGAAGCGGGACGAUGAAGAAGCUGGAUUCUGCGCUGGCCUCUCCCCUUGCUGCCGUUCCUCUUCCCCCUCCCCCGCCUUUAGUAGACUCCCCCGAGGGCUCUCUGCCUCAGUCUCCCCUUUUCCCCCCUCCACCACCGGAAGCUCUCACUCCCUUCUGUCCCCUCCCUGGCCAGGGCUUUCCCCCUCCCCCCAGGGCACUUAGCCCCCUUCCUCUGGGUGCCUCGGCUUCCCUGCCGCCUCCCCCUGCCUCGGUACCCUCCUCAGCUCCCCCGCCUGCCCCACCCCUUGACCCCAAAUUGAUGAAAGAUGCCAGGCCGUCUUUCAAAAAAUCUGGCCAGCCCGAGUGCUCCUGGGAGGCCGUUAGGCAGCCCGCUAGCAAAGAGGAGGGCACUAGACCCCCCAUGCCCCUGAUAACCACUGAAGCAUUGCAGAUGGUACAGUUGAGGCCCGUGAAAAAGAACUCAGGAUCCGAGCAAGCACUGUUAUAUGAACAAGUAUCUCAGGAAACACUAACUCCGGUUGUUCCCCAGUAUCAUUUAAAGCCAUCUGCUUUCCUGAAAUCCCGAAAUAGCAUAAAUGAAAUGGAGAGUGAAAGCCAGACUGCCUCUGUGACAGGCUCGCCGCCGGCUCCUGCCAAGAGCUUGAGUCAGGGUCACCAGGACGGUGCAGCCGAGCGUGGCCUCCUGAGCCGCAGCCCGGGCCGCGCCGCGGAGCCAGAGGCCGGGGCCGCCCCGCUCCAGGAGCCCCCCGGCCCGUCCCCCGGCAGGAAGCCACCCCCCAUUUCCAAGAAGCCCAAACUGUUCCUUGUGGUGCCACCUCCGCAGAGAGAUUUCACAGCGGAGCCCGCGGAGAACGUGAGCGGAGCAUCGCCCAGCCCCACGAGGGGAGAGGCAGCCGAGACUUGUAGAGCCGGGGCCGGUCCAGACGAGACCGGUCCUGGCGGCUCGGAUCUCGAGGGAGGGGCUGCAGCUCCUGCUUCCCCCGGCAGAGUGAGAGCCAAUGUCCCCAUGGUGCAGCCCGAUGUCUCGCCAGCCGCCAAGCAGGAGGAGCCAGGUGCCGAGAACAGUGCAGACGGUGGAGGCAGCGCGGAGAGCUGCCUGUCUCUACAGGACGGAGGGCCCGGGGUGCCAGAGCCGGACACAGGGGCUGCUUCCUCGGAGGCCUGCGACUUCCUUAGGGAAGAAGGGAGUGAGGAGGUGAUGACCCCCAGCAGACCCCGGACCACAGAAGACCUUUUCGCAGCUAUUCACAGAUCCAAGAGGAAAGUCCUUGGCCGUAAAGAUUCAGAUGAUGAUCACUCCCGAAACCAUUCUCCCUCCCCGCCAGUGACACCCACUGGUGCUGCCCCCAGCCUGGCCUCCCCGAAGCAAGUGGGGUCAAUUCAGAGAAGUGUCCGUAAAAGCAGCACCAGCAGUGACAACUUCAAAGCUCUGCUGCUAAAAAAGGGGAGUCGGGCAGACACGAGUGCCCGCAUGUCUGCAGCCGAGAUGCUGAAGAACACAGACCCCAGAUUCCAGAGAUCAAGGUCAGAGCCUUCGCCAGACGCCCCCGAGAGCCCGUCAAGCUGCUCCCCAAGCAAGAACAGGCGGGCCCAGGAGGAGUGGGCCAAGAACGAAGGUCUGAUGCCUCGGAGUCUGUCCUUUUCCGGCCCCCGGUACGGCCGCAGCCGAACCCCGCCUUCUGCGGCCAGCAGCAGAUACAGCGUGCGGAACCGGAUCCAGAGCAGCCCCAUGACCGUCAUCUCGGAAGGCGAAGGGGAAGCCUUGGAGCCUGUAGACAACCGGGCUCGCCGGGCCCCGGGUGCUGCGAGGGGAUGCUCCCUGGAUGGACCGGUGGGGGAUGAAACGGACAAGGGCAGCCUGCUCUGUGGCGGGGAGCCCGCCGCCUCGCCGCAGGCACAGGGUCCCGGCCCCGCCAACGGGACAGUCACGGCGGAGCGCACGGGUCCAUCAGAACGGUGCGGAGGUCCUCUGGGGGAGGAGAGCUAGGGAUGAGAAUGUGAGUCUCCCAGGUAACGUGAGGGAGACGCACAACACCUCGCUCUAGGAAAGUCUGACAGGUACCUUCCCUGCCUUGCCCGUGGAUCCCGCUCAGCGUUUGUGCUGUGGGCCCCGGGCGCUGCCAGCCCUACAGCGGAAGGGGGGUGUUAUUUAGGCCUCCCCUCGGCACUUGCCCUGUGGCUGAAAAGCAAGUAGAAGCUUAACUUCCAGAAGUGCUUCCUGGGGAAGAUUUCUUUUUUUUAUUCUUCCGCACGCCCUUUUUUUUUUUUUUUUUUUUUUUUGACUAAAUGCUGGGUGUGUGUGUGUGUGUGUGUGUGUGUGUGGAAGGGUGUGUGUGUGUGUGCAUUUUGAACCCUUUUGUGUUAAACCACACGCGUGCGUGCGCUCACACACACAUACACACGCGCACACACACACAAACAGCAUGUACAGAAAUAGAAGGAAAGAUGGGUGGAAACAUGGAAUCUUCUGGACUAGGUGGGAAUUGCUUGAAAAGUAUUCUGUUUGGGGAAACUAGUGAGUUUCUGAAGAAAGAGGGGAGAGAACCAUUCCUUCUAAGAAAGAGGGGGCAUAUUGGCUGGUGCUGCAGAGGACACGGGGUCCCGGCCCCGGCGUGCUUUCGAGGUGAGCUGUGUCGCGAUGAACCCAAAACGAUGCGAAAGGGCUAAAUGACUAAUGGGUUCAGGUACUUUUUCCUGGGGAAAAAAGGCUUGGUUUCGCGAACAUGACAAAUGUGGGGAAGUGGCAGGGCAGUCACUUGGAGCCUGCUCCGCUGCGGCCACAGACACACGCCUUCUGGUCUGAGUUUUAGACACGUGGGCAGUCUUUUCAUGACUUUCCUCCUUGAGUAGCGGCCGAGGCCUUCCUUGAGAACGAAGAUGACCGCGUACGCGCACAGAGAGGGUGAGAGGGGACAGAAGGGAAGAGGGGCAAGUGAUAAAACGCUGCUGGAAGCUGUUUCCUGCUUAUGAAAUAAACUUAUUUUUCAGAAUUCCACUUGAAGACUUGCACUACAGAACUGUGGGUGGAGAUUUUCCUUUUACGGCCGUUUUUACCAGAGUGUAAACUCGCAUUUGGCAAUUUCUUAUCGCUUGACAUGUCAACAUUUGCUGACUUUUUUGGAUAUCCUUUUGGUGACACCAAAGAUAUAGGUAUGGCUAUUUUUCCUUGACCUGCCUACAUACAGUACCAUGGCCCCAUUUAGAAAGGUUUAUCAGAAUCUAUUCUAUAUUCUCAUACUUUGAAGAAAAUGCUGAAUACCUCUUGUUAGUCAAAUACACUAAUAAAAAUUGGCAGGGCUUGGCUAUUAAUUAACCCUGGGAAAUGAGAUUUUAGAUUAAAAAGAUUUUUUGCAUCAUUUGGUUUGUGAGUUUUUAUAUUUUUUAUAAGUAAUUGAGUUGGCUAAUUACCUUCUAAUCUUCUCCAGCUAGAAUUUUUAAUACUUAUAGGCGUGGGAGAAAAGUGUGUAAAGUAUUUAUUUUUACGUCCUACUCUUGUGCCCCCCCCGCCCCCAUUCCCUCCCAACUGCCGUGUACCUGGACUCCUCUAUUUGUUGGUUACAUGAAACAAGCCUUGUCGCCUUCAUUAGAAGGACUUGAGACGACAACACAGAGAUCCUUGGCCUGUGUGCAGUACGGCUACCAGCGGUCAUCUCUUUCGGCAUAAAAACAUCAUCUAAACAUUGGACCGCACGGGCCAGACUAUCAAAAGGUUUAUUACACAUCACAACCGUAGACCCCCAUUUUAGACACGGCUUUGAGACAAAAACAAACCUAAGGAAUGAAGGCUUCUUCCAUCCUCUGAAGAAAACAAAACCCUUCCUUUCACACAGCCCGCAAUGAAGACCUGAUAUUUGGCCAAAGGCUAAAGGACUUUUCACCAUUUGGAGCUACCGUCUGCCGUGCUGGGCCCGAGGAUCUCCUCUUCUACAUUUUAGAAAAGUGGUGUUGGCUUCUGAAUAUGAAACCUCCUCGCUCCCUAAGCCCGAUUAGAAUGUACGUGAAUAUCAGACAACUUUAACUUAAUAUAUAAAUCAUUUAUGUCGAAGGUAAAGUAAAACAACAUCACCACUAAUUAUAAAACUAUUUUAAAAAUCCCCGUUUUUAAAGAAAAAGGAUACUAGGUUUGAAAAUUUGCUUUGAAUAAAACAAUUGUAAAGGAAA